ACCGCCACCAACGCUUCCAUUAUUUCAUCAUCCUCUGAUGCCCGUCACCAUUUAAAUAUCCAGAAUAUAGUAUUCCAUUCGACUUUUUGCUUUGAUUGGCCAUCAUGACUGCUACGAUGACGCCCCCGCUCUACGAUAUGCAAAGCCUGGCGCUGGGCAUUCCCACUCAUCAAGCUCAUCACAAGGAUCCUUCUACCACCAAUUCUGACUUACCUUCAUACAUUAGCAGCGUUUCCGACUCUUGCUAUUCGUUUCCGGAUGCUCCCGAUGCAGUCUGGCACGAGAAGAACAGCACGUCCGGGUCGGACGACGAGACGCAUAGAGAUGGAGACGACGAGACUUCCGUAGGCAUCGGGUUACUGCCGGAAGAGGUCUAUGAGUGUACGAUGAACAGCUGGAGGGCUGUCAUUCAUAAAAGAGUGCGACAGAACGUCGCAUGGGAGUCGGAGGUGUUGGCGAAGAUGCAGGCCUACGUCCGUCGCCCGAUCCUCGACGUGUAUUUCGUGUACACGUCCUCCCUCGGAACGCAUACCUUCUUCAUGAUAACCCUGCCCGCUUUUGUCUUCUUCGGGCACGGAGACACUGGUCGUGGACUGCUCAUGGUCCUCGCGCUGGGAGUCUAUGUGGCCUCAUUCGUUAAGGACUCAGUCUGCUCUCCGAGACCGUUCGCUCCGCCUAUCACGAGACUGACCAUCGGUAACCAUCAUCUCGAGUAUGGAUUCCCAUCGACACAUUCCACGAACAGCGUCUCGAUUGCGCUGUUCUUCUAUUCGCUCCUCCAGCAGGCCUACGUUACCCCGGCAUCCUCUCGCCUCCCCACGUUCAACAUCAUGUACAACUCCACAUAUUCGGCAUUGGAACAUACAUCUCCCACGCCCGGCGCAGACACGAUGGUAUCUGAUACCGCAUACCGCGUCUUGUCUUGCGUACUUCUGUUCUACGUAUUCUCGAUCGUGUAUGGCCGGCUGUAUACAGGCAUGCACUCAUUCACGGAUUGCGCGGUCGGUGUGAUACUCGGAACCGGCAUCUGGGCAUUCAAUCUAGUUUUCAGCGGAUGGCUGCAUGUGUGGAUCAGGGAUUCUGGCUGGAUCGUACCUGCAGUGACGAUUCCGCUCUGCCUGCUGUCCGUUCACUGGCAUCCGCAGCCGGUAGACGACUGCCCAUGCUUCGAGGAUGCGAUCGCGUUCAUCUCGGUCGUGCUGGGCGAAAUUCUGUCGCGAUGGUAUAUGCUGCACAACGGCUACGGAGAUGAGUACUUCGUACACGUCAUGCCUGGAAGUCCGUGGGGCAGCUGGCUCGACACGCUCACCUGGUGGUCCGUCGCUGUCGUCAAGAUGACUCUUGGCAUCCUGAUUAUUUUCAUGUGGCGCAUCUUCGCAAAGAACGUGUCGCACUUUGUGCUACCGCCCCUCUUCCGGCUGCUCUCGCACUCGUUCACGCUCCCGCACCGGCGAUUCUACACGCCUGCGACAGACUACAAGAACGUACCGCCCGAGAAGGGGCUGCGCCCGAUCCCAUCCGUGAUCGACCUUCCGGGCAUGAUUGAGAUGGAGACGGAAGGUGGCGGCGCGAGCGGCGUGCGUGGCCUGCGAUACGGCAAUAUCUACGGUGAGCGCAGCAUUAAGCUCAGAGGCGGCAAGGGCCGCCAGACGGGCUUGUCUGUAUCUACGACUAUGGAAAAGGAGAAAUAUCCGGUUGACCUGGACGAGGAGAACGGUGAAAAGCAGGACAUCGUCAAGCAUUACGAUGCAGACGUGCUGACCAAGGUCAUUGUGUACUGUGGUAUCGGCAUGCUUGCUUGUGGGUUCAUUCCGGUCAUGUUUGAGGUGCUGGGCUGGGGCGUGCGAGUGAGCUGAGCGAGCACAGAGAGGACCGGGCGUGUAUAUUCAAACUAUCUAUUGACUCGCUGAGGCCGGAUGGAAGUAAUCUAUCGUGUAUUCUUAUACGUAUCUCAGCCUAUCGUUCGUAAUGACCACUUUCUCUGUACUCAAAUUAAUAUAGUCCCUUCUGCAGAACAAUUGCAGUUUAUUGAAGCUCUGAUGUUUUAGAAAACACGACGAAAGAUCGUGGGCACAGCAAGACUCCCGCUGACAUAGUUUACACCUGCAUUUCUUCUAAGCAGUAUAUACACAGUAUUGAUGUCAUAGUACUAUUCAGGACGUGACGACGCCAGGCUUUCAAGCAGAUUACACGGCUCAUAUAUAAGGGCGAACGAACGAAACUUGACAGUAAAGCAGAGAGGGACACAACGACGAGUAACAGGGAACGAGACAGGGAUGCGAGAAUGAAUGACCGUAUCAGGGAUGAAAUAGCUGAGGAGGGGUU